AUUAAUUUUUUUCUUUUUUCUUAGCGGAAUGUGAGGAAGAUGAUUAUGAAUCUUCAUCCUCCUCCAACAUUAGGAGGAUCAUAGACGAGAUGGAAAUGCGGGAUCUGGGGUUAUAUGAUAGCCCCAGAUCCCCGUCUCCAACUUCACGAGGGGUAAUAAUUAAUCGGAUGGAGGAGGUUGAUUCGGAAUGUGAGGAUGAUGAUAAUGAAUCUUCAUCCUCCUCCUCAUCCUCCUCCAACAUCGACGAGAUGGGAAUGCGGGAUCGUAAGUCGUUAUUUUUUAUUUUGCUUUAUAGUAUUAUUUUAUUUUCUCAAUAUUUUUUCAUAGUGGGGUUAUAUGAUAACCCCAGAUCCCCGUCUCCAACUUCACGAGGGGUAAUAAUUAAUCGGAUGGAGGAGGUUGAUUGUAAGUCCUUGUUUUUUUCUUUUGCUUUACAAUAUUAUUAUUAAUUUUUUCUUUUUUGUGUUUGAGGAUGUACAAACAAGGUAAUGGGGAUGGGCGCUCCAGGAUAUGUAGUGACUU